CUAGGGAGUGCAUCAUGGUUGAGACUCUACCAGAUGUGCUGAUGUUCCUCCUGGUCAUCCUGGGAUCAGCAGAAGCGUCCUGCAACGCCACCUGUCUCCAAUCCUGCGACUGCAGCUACCUGGACCUCACCAGCGUUCCACAGGACCUGCCGGCAAUCAUCACGGACUUGGACUUGGAAUGGAACCAAAUCACGACUUUAAGUCGGUCUGAUUUGUCACGGUAUCGCGGCUUAGAGACUUUAGAUUUGGGUGAAAAUCUCAUCUAUGCCAUCAACAGCCAAGCAUUUUAUUUCUUGUCAAACUUGACCACAUUAACGCUUUAUAAUAACCAGAUAACGAUUCUCAGAUCUGACACCUUCACAGGACUGGAAAACGUGCAUUACCUUUAUCUAGGGUAUAAUGAGAUAAGUGAUAUUCAGAACGGAACUUUCGGUCCAACCCCACAUCUGAUAGAAUUGUACCUGUAUAACAACAAGUUAACAAGCCUCAGAUCUGACAUGUUCACAGGGCUGGGAAACCUGGAGACCCUUCACUUAUACAGUAAUGAGAUCAGUGAUAUUCAGGCUGGAACUUUCAGUUCAACGCCACAACUGAGAUACUUGCGUAUGGAUCAGAACAAGUUGAAAAACCUUGGAUCUGACAUGUUUACAGGGCUGGGAAACUUGUGGGAUCUUUGGUUGGACAAUAGCGAGAUCAGCGAUAUUCAGGCUGGAACUUUCAAUUCAAUCCCACAACUUUCAGACUUAGGUCUGGGUCAUAACAAGUUAACAACCCUCAGAUCUGACAUGUUUACAGGGCUCGCGAUUUUGAGGGAUCUUUGGCUGGACAAUAAUGAGAUCAGCGAUAUUGAGGCCGGAACUUUCAGUCCAACCCCACAAUUGCGAGACUUGCGUCUGGAUCAUAACGUAUUAACAAAGAUCAUACCCGACAUGUUUACAGGGCUGGAAAACUUACAGAUCCUUUACCUGCAAGAUAACAAAAUUCAUGACAUUCUGGCUUCAACUUUCAGUUCAACACCACAACUGGGAGUCUUACUCAUAGACAAUAACAACAUCACCAUGUUUCCUUUUAGCGAUUUGUCCAAUCAAACAAUUUAUCGUCUUUACCUUGGCAAAAACAAACUAACGACUCUUCCCUCUACUGUAUAUGACAUACUUUCAUCAGUUGCCGAUGUCAACGUUGACAACAACCCUUGGCAGUGUGACUGUAGGAUGCUUCCCUUUAGGUCAAUGAUGAAUGAGUCGCAUUCGUAUGAAAACCAGAUCCAUUGUUCCGAACCGAGCAACUUUCAUGGGCAAAAGCUGAUAGAUAUCAGUCCUGAAGAUCUGAUCUGUGAGGAGCCAACCAUUGCAAGGUUUCAACAAAUCACAAACAACCCCUUGGUACAGGGAGAUACUCUACGUUUAGUCUGCGAAGCUUCAGGAAUCCCCACACCAGACAUCACAGUCACCCUCCCAUCGGGACUCAACGCAACUGUUGAGUCAGCUGGGAGAGUGACUGUGGAUGUGAAUGGUACCAUCACCAUAACAGAUGUUACUGAUGCUGAUGCUGGUCUGUAUGUCUGUAUUGCAGUAAGUCCAUCUGGCUCAGGUUCUGCCACCCUGAUCGUAGAUCCGCCAACAGUUCCCACGACUGUUACGAUGUCGUCAAUAACUUCCACGCUUGCUACAACCACAACAUCAACCACCCAAGAAACUACCACUUACCCUGAAUCAACCUCCUCUUUCUCUACAACGUUUUCUGUUGUUUCAACAUCUUCAAAACAUGUUGUUUCAACACCUUCGAAACAACCUGAAUCUGCUACCACUUUCUCCCUAACUGCCCUCCUUGGCGCUAUCUUUGGUUCCGUGGCCUUUACUGUCCUCAUCGGUGGUAUCAUUCUCACCAUCUGGUGUAAGAGGAACAGUCAGCACGUAGGGGAAGACUACAGUGUUCUUCUCAACACCACCGACGCUGCAACUACAGCGAUCUAAUACUCAGACAGGGCAGCACCA